AUGUCAUUUGUACCCGCUUCACAAACGGCCUCAGUAGAUCGUGAUGUAUUUAUCAACCACGGCGGAGCUUAUUGGAUUAACCCCGUUCCUGGGGGGACCUUUGCCCCGCGCAGCACGUACACAUCGUCAAAGAAAGGUGAUUUAAUUGAUCCGUUUGGCAAUCCGAAGGUAAGAGACGUGCCGGAUUUGUUUGGGAGGUCGCGUUACAGCAGAGUUCCUAUUGGAAGUUCUGGAGACGGUGCUAUAAGAGAGACUUCUGGAGCGGAAGGUGAUGGGAACGGCGGUGUUGACGCUGUUGAAGGCGUUAAAGCUGGUACCCACGGCAAUGACGGAGGUUUGCAGCUCGGCAGCGGACUGGCAGGCACUGUCGGCGACCAUGGACAACAAGGAGAAACGAUCGGAACCUGCAUCAAUUCUGCAGAGGGGAAACAACCGUUUUCCACAGGUGACAUAAUGGACAAGCAGCUUCCACUCGACACCGCUAACCCCGAGCGGAGAAUUGCUCACCCUGGGAACCACACAGAUCGCAUACCACCAACAGGUGGAUCUGAAUACAACGGAACGGUGACGGAGCCGUGGUGCGCACCCGCAGCGGUAGACAAUACCUACCUUCGGCUUCCACUCAUCUACGAAAGCACAACACAUUACCAACAGCGAACGGGACGUUACUAUACUGAGGACCAAGCACCACCGCACGGCAUGUCGCUUCCCCCAAAGUGCUCCUUACCAACGCGUGAGUGGUAG